AUGCUAGCUAACUCUGCACAGACAAGCGACAUUAUUGAAGAUAUCGCCCAGCGAAAGGCCAAAUAUGAAAAGCUGUACAGGGAGAAGCAGACGGUGAUUCGCGCAGAUCCAGCCCAGGCCGAGCAGUUGUCCUCCAAAUUCUUCAUGAUGAAAUGCCUCGGCCAGACUAGCUUUGACGAUCCCAAGUGCAGACUUGCGAUCCUGGGCCGUUUCGAAAGCGACACCGAGAUCGUUCCUGCUUCGUUCGAAGAUAAUCUCAAGAUUCAUGAGGCAGCGCACGCCAUUCUGACUUACAUUGUCUCGGCGCAGAUCUCUGAGCAGCCUGUUGCAAUCCAGCAACGGAUCAUUACCAGAGCGUUGGAACUGAAGUGCGUAUUCGCUACUCCGAAGUCUUCCUAA